GACAAGUAAGCAGCGUGAACGUCGAUGAUAGCCCCACUGCAACGCCACAAUAGAAGCAGCGCUCGCGGCGGCCUGCUUCGAUCGACCGUCCACUUCAAUCGUCUCAGGCUCCUCUUCCUCCUCCCCACGGCCCGGCCGAUUUCCGUGUUCCUAACAUGCGCCCGUCUUCUUCUAAGUAGAAAAUCUGAGAAAGGGAUUGAGACAGGGAGAGAGAUCGGGAGAGAGAAAGACAUUCAGAAGGAUAUAGGAGUCUGGAAUUUUGUGGAGUUUCCGUGCAACACGGUGAUGGUGAAAUCGCGCCGCGUCUGAAUGUCGGGGUCAAAUUCCAUGGGGGCCUUGGUAGGAGACCAUUGACUUUGUAUCCCUGCAGAGAGAGUUGCGAAAGGCAAGAUUGGGCGGAGCCCCUAUGGCGAGACAAGAAUUUGAGAAUGCCAUUUUGAGUUUGACUGUAUUUUGAGCAAGACAUUCGUGCUCGAAGGUGCUUUCGUUGUCUUAAACUGCCACCAUGGCGGACGAUCAUGUCAAGAAAACGGAUUUAUCUGGGCUUGAAGCAUUGAACAACGAAACUGUUGACUUGGAAAACAUACCGGUUGAGGAGGUCUUUGAGCAAUUGCGUUGUACCAAGGAAGGUCUCACAGAUGAGGAUGGCGAGGCUCGGCUUAAAAUAUUUGGCCAAAACAAGCUCGAGGAGAAAUCGGAGAGCAAAGUCCUCAAGUUCUUGGGGUUCAUGUGGAACCCCUUGUCUUGGGUGAUGGAGGCUGCUGCCAUCAUGGCAAUUGUUCUCGCCAAUGGACAAGGACUGCCCCCCGACUGGCAAGAUUUCCUCGGAAUCAUUGUGCUCCUGUUGAUCAAUUCAACAAUUAGUUUUAUUGAGGAGAACAACGCUGGAAAUGCUGCUGCCGCUCUGAUGGCACAGCUUGCACCUAAGACCAAGGUUUUGCGAAACGGAAGUUGGGUUGAGCGGGAUGCAUCCAUACUGGUGCCUGGUGACAUCAUUAGCAUCAAGCUUGGUGAUAUUAUUCCUGCAGAUGCUCGUUUGCUUGAAGGAGACCCGCUAAAAAUUGAUCAGUCAGCUCUAACUGGGGAAUCGAUGCCUGCAACCAAGAAACCUGGGGAUGAAGUUUUCUCAGGAUCUACCUGCAAACAGGGUGAGAUCGAGGCUGUAGUUAUUGCAACUGGUGUGCACACAUUUUUUGGUAAAGCCGCGCAUCUUGUUGACUCCACAAACAAUAUUGGCCAUUUUCAGAAGGUGUUGACCGCUAUUGGAAAUUUUUGUAUAAUCAGCAUUGCAAUCGGAAUAGUGAUUGAAAUUAUUGUAAUGUACCCGAUCCAGCACCGGCAAUAUCGAGCUGGCAUCAACAACCUCUUGGUGUUGCUCAUUGGGGGAAUCCCCAUUGCUAUGCCUACCGUCCUCUCUGUUACCAUGGCUAUUGGCUCUCACCGACUUUCGAAACAGGGAGCCAUUACCAAGCGCAUGACUGCUAUUGAGGAGAUGGCAGGAAUGGAUGUUCUCUGCAGUGACAAAACAGGAACUCUAACUUUGAACAAGUUGACAGUUGACAAAAGCUUGGUGGAGGUCUUUAACAGAAAUGUGGACAAAGAGACAGUGUGCUUGCUGGCAGCUAGGGCUUCAAGAGUGGAAAACCAAGAUGCUAUUGAUGCAGCCAUAGUUGGAAUUCUAGCUGAUCCCAAAGAGGCUCGUGCGAAUAUUCAAGAGAUUCACUUCCUUCCAUUCAAUCCAGUUGAUAAGCGUACAGCAAUUACGUACAUCGAUAACACUGAUGGCAAGUGGCAUCGAGCCAGCAAAGGAGCCCCGGAGCAAAUUCUACAGUUAGCUCACAAUAAAUCGGAGAUAGCUACGCGCGUGCAUGCAAUCAUUGACAAGUUUGCUGAGCGGGGGCUGCGGUCACUGGCAGUUGCCAGACAGGACGUUCCAGAACAAAGCAAAGACAGUCUUGGUGGACCUUGGGAGUUUCUUGGGUUGAUGCCGCUAUUCGACCCGCCUCGACACGACAGUGCUGAAACAAUCCGUCGGGCUCUCAAUCUUGGAGUUAGCGUUAAGAUGAUCACAGGUGAUCAGUUAGCCAUUGGCAAGGAGACAGGCCGGCGGCUGGGUAUGGGAACAAACAUGUAUCCCUCAUCUUCUUUGUUGGGAGCACAUAAGGACGAGAGUAUUGCUGCGUUACCCGUAGAUGAGCUCAUUGAGAAGGCGGACGGCUUUGCUGGUGUCUUUCCAGAACACAAGUAUGAAAUUGUUAAGAGGUUACAGGAAAAAAAACAUAUUGUUGGUAUGACUGGUGAUGGUGUAAAUGAUGCUCCUGCUUUGAAAAAGGCCGAUAUCGGUAUUGCAGUUGCUGAUGCCACCGAUGCUGCUAGAAGCGCUUCGGACAUUGUUCUUACGGAGCCUGGUUUAAGUGUCAUCAUAAGUGCAGUACUAACCAGUAGAUCUAUUUUUCAGCGGAUGAAAAAUUACACGAUUUAUGCAGUUUCUAUCACCAUUCGUAUAGUGCUGGGGUUUCUCCUGCUCGCCUUGAUUUGGAAGUUCGACUUCUCACCUUUUAUGGUUUUGAUCAUAGCUAUCCUCAACGAUGGUACCAUAAUGACUAUCGCAAAGGAUCGCGUCAAACCAUCUCCACAGCCUGACAGCUGGAGGUUGAAAGAAAUCUUUUCCAUUGGAAUUGUGUUGGGUACAUACAUGGCACUGAUGACAGUUCUAUUUUUUUGGCUUAUGCAUAAGACUACUUUUUUCCCGGAUCGCUUUGGGGUGUCGGAUAUCGGAUGGAGUCACAGUCGAAUGACAGCAGCUGUUUACCUGCAAGUUAGUAUAAUCAGUCAAGCUUUAAUUUUCGUAACGCGUUCCCGAAGCUGGUCCUUCUUGGAGCGACCAGGAUUUUUCCUGCUUUUUGCUUUUAUUGUUGCCCAGUUGAUCGCUACAAUUAUAGCAGUUUAUGCUAAUUGGGGAUUUGCUACCAUUAGAGGCAUUGGAUGGCGUUGGGCUGGUGUUAUAUGGCUCUACAGUCUGGUUACCUAUGUCCCUCUCGACAUCAUUAAAUUCGCUGUUCGAUACAUUCAAAGCGGAAGAGCGUGGGAUCUUCUGCUUGAGCGAAAGACCGCCUUCACUAGACAGAAGGAUUUUGGGAAAGAGGCGCGUGAAGCUCAAUGGGCCCAUGCUCAGCGCACAUUGCAUGGACUCCACCCUGCCGAAUCCGGUAGUCCUCAACCUGGAAGCACUCCGAAUCGUGAGCUUAACGUAAUGGCUGAGCAGGCUAAAAGGAGGGCUGAGAUUGCAAGGUUGAGGGAAUUGAACACAUUGAAGGGCCACGUGGAAUCAGUUGUUCGCAUGAAAAAUCUCGACGUUAACAUGAUACAACAGUCAUACACUGUUUAGGACAUUUCACUGGCGGGCUCGUCGGUGCUGGUUCCAGAACCUACUGAAAUACUGAACAUCAAGUUUUACAGCUCGUGUCCGUCGAGCAUGGUGAGGACGACCACAGCCCCCGCGAUACCUGAGACACAUCAGGUUUCAGUGUCACCGUUCAGAAGGGACAUAGAGAGAAUGAGUUUGCAAAAUGCUUUUAGAUGAUUUAGCGUAGUUUGAAUGAGUCAACAGCAGCCAUGGUUGAUCCAGCUUCUUUUCCACAUUCUGUACAGAAUUGUGGGAGAUUUGUUAGCAUGAUGGCAACUCCUGACUGAUUGCUGUUAUUUCUUGUUUCUCGUCUUUUUGUAUUUGUAUGGUCUUUCCCUGUUAUGUAAGCUCUAGUGUUCUCAUGCAUAUCCAUAGUGUUCAACAAGAGUUACUGGUGCAACAUUAUCCCAACUAUUCUCUAUGUACCAUCUGAAGUGAUGUAUUCCUAUCCACCAUUGCAGAGA